CACCAAUUUCCCUACUUUUUCCUCUCAAAAUAGCUUUUGACUCCCCAUACAAGACGUGCCAACCUUAAUGCCCGUCUCCUCUUCUUCUCCUCCACCUCCUCCUCUUCCUUCAUCCGCUCUCCUUCUUUCUCUCUCUAAUCACCUACUUUUUUUUUCUUCUUCUUCUUCUCUCUCAUUAAGUCUGUUGUUUGCUUUUAUGGUUGCUUAUGUAGCUUCUUAAACUAAUUGAUAGUUGAUGCCAUUAAUGUUUGUCGUUUUUUGUUUAGUCAAUAAUCUUUACGCCAAACAUACACUUUCCUCCGUCUGUUCAUUUCGGCCUGCUUGUUUCUGCCCUUUAUUUGGCAUUUGGCCUGUUUUCUCCACCUGGGUUUCACACAGCCUAGUGAUUAAAUUUUGAAUUGGGAAGUAUGGGACCUGGCCUAUAGUCUGAGCUUGUGCCAAAAUAACCCAAGUUUGUGCUAAAUAGGAGGAUCAGAUUAGUCCCCUUCAAUUUCACUUGCAUACGCAGUUCUUUUCAUCUACUGCCUAUUCUUAUCGGAGGAGCUAAGUUAAAAAUAACCCAGUAAAGUAGCGACCUUCACUGAGCUCUGUCCAAAGGGACUGCUUGGUUCUGCUGAGGGUAAUAGGAUCUUCUAUUCAUUUCCUGCGCAACCAGAGAGAGGAAACUGGAAAUUUCCCAGCUUUUGGUGCUUUUUAAGUAUUGGUUUAGACUUACUUUUCUGGAUAAGGGAUUCUGAGUGCUCCAUUAAGGGUUCGAUGACUGCGUCUUCUGUCUCUAGAGAGGCAUCAAAUUAUGAUGAGGUUUCUAUGCAACAGAGUCUGCUAUUCUCUGAUAGUCUUAAGGAUUUGAAGAAUCUGAGAACGCAGUUAUACUCAGCAGCUGAGUAUUUCGAACUAUCCUACACAGAUGAUGACCAAAAACAGAUAGUGGUGGAGACAUUGAAAGAUUAUGCCAUUAAAGCUCUUGUGAAUACAGUGGACCAUUUGGGUUCCGUGACAUAUAAGGUUAAUGAUCUCUUGGAUGAGAAGGUUGAUGAAGUUUCUGGAACAGAGUUCCGUGUGUCUUGCAUUGAACAGAGACUACGGACAUGCCGAGAAUAUAUUGAUCAUGAGGGCCUCACCCAACAAUCACUGAUGAUAAAUACUCCGAAGUACCAUAAGCGAUACAUCUUGCCUGUUGGUGAGACCAUGCAUGGAGCCCUCCGCACAAAAUCAAAAUACCUGGGUUGCAGUCUAGAUGAUGAAGAUGAUUGGAAUCAAUUCCGGGAUGCUGUUCGAGCUACGAUCACAGAAACCCCAACAUCUUCAGUCAGAAAAGGGCGUUCCCCUUCACCUUCUCCACGACACCCGCAGCGAUCUGCAACCUUUUCCUUUACAUCCACUGUGCCCAAAAAACAAUUAGAGAAGCGCACAGUUUCACCUCUUCGUUUUCCAUUAUUGCGUUCUGGGUCCGUGUCAAGUAGGUCAACAACCCCAACUAGCAGUAGGCCUACCACUCCAAGUUCGGCAGCUGCUGCAAGAAGACGGUAUCCUUCGGAGCCUCGAAAAUCAGCUUCAAUGCGUAUCCAAGCUGAAACUGAAAAUUCUAAAGACAUUGAGCAAUACCCCAGCAAAAGUAAACGUCUUCUCAAGGCCUUGCUAAGCCGGCGCAAAUCCAAGAAAGAUGAUAUGCUGUAUACUUAUUUGGAUGAAUACUGAAGAAAAAGGUGAUGCUAAUAUCAAAGUAGCUAAGGUUGCAGGGAACAACUGUGAAAUUGGAUUUCCUGAUUUUCUCUUCAUUCAGCCAUUUAAAUAUAUAUAUUUUUUGAGCAGUAGCUAUUUAUCAUGUAAGGUUAAUUUUUCCUCAGGUGCAGUAGUAUUGUUUGCGAAAGUGCACCAUUCCACAAGUGCUCUAUAGUAAUGCAUAUUUUGAUUUGAAAUUAUGUCAAGGAAUGUUAAUUUAUUCCUUUAUUGAAAUUCUGCCUGUUUGUAAUUAGUUCUACAUAUAAUAUACUAGUGUUAGACCUGCA